AAUGCUGUACUUUGAUUACAGAAUACGUUGAAUCGAUAAACGAUGAAUAUUAAAAGUGAUAUACUCUCUAUAAUCGAACAUGAUUAUAGCCCAAAGAAACUAUCCCUUUUGAAUGUCGUUUAAUUAAAUACAAAUAGUAGGAAGCGCUGUCUUCCUCGAUAUAAUUACGAUUCGUCAUGAAGUAGCCCUGUAAUCUUGUAAACUCUUUAAUUAAAUGUUAGAAUUCUACGAUGUAAAUGUUACGAACCCACGAGGCAAAUGGUAAACUGAUACAAAGUUAGUAUUCCCAAUAUAAAGGUAAAUUCAAUCUACGAAAUUGCAACAUAAGUGAUUUGUUUGAGAAAAUGGAUAUUUUUGGGGAGAAACAAACCAAGUUCAAAAAGAUACACCCUAAUAAACACUUGCAAAAUAGUUUAUCGAUCAUUUACUAUCUGGGAUUCUGGCCGGAAUGGGCCAAAAAUAAAUAUUUGUAUAAUAUAUACACAACUUUUAAUUUAACAUUUUUGCUUGGAAUUAUUAUAGUUAGCAAUAUCGUAUACAUAAUUAUAAAUUGGGGAAAUAUAGAGGCAAUGAUGGCCAGUUUAAGUAUUCUCAUGACUUAUUCUACGUACGGCACAAAGGUAAUUUAUAUUAUCUGUCGACGUAGACGUAUCAAAGAUCUUAUAGAUAUAACAAACAGCGAAAUGUUUAAUCGAGAUAACGAUAAAUACGAACAUAUUACGGCAUAUUAUACUUGGCAAGCAAUUUUUCAUCAAAUCACUUUUCAAACUUUUGGUUUCAUUGCUGUAAUUUCUUGGGGAAGUACUCCGAUAUUAUAUCAAAUCAGUGGGACAUCUAAACAAUUACCAAUGGUAGGAUGGUAUCCUUAUAAUGUAACAUCUACUCCAGUUUUUGAAUUUACUUCUUUGCAUCAAUUUAUGGUCGUCUGUACAAGUUGCGUUAACAAUAUAGCAAUAGAUACUUUAGCAACAGGUUUUAUAGUGACUGCUUGUUGCCAACUAACAAUCUUAAAUUAUAAUAUUUCUUCGAUACGUUGUAUAAUAGAAAAAAAAUAUACUUUAUUAAAUGAUAAUGUCAGUAUUGAAAACUCUACUUUAAAAGUUUACAGUAAAAUGUAUGAGGAUUUGAAACAUUGCAUUGAACAUACUAUUAUGAUAUUUGAUUUCUCAAAACAAAUCCAAGAUGUAUUUGGUACUUUAAUAUUUUUACAACUUCUAGUAGAUUGUAUUGUCAUUUGUGCUAUAUUAUUCAACUUAUCACAGAUGAAAGAUUACGUUACAUCUGAAUUUCUUGGCACAUUACUAUAUACGUGUUGCGUGAUAUACCAAAUCUUCAUAUAUUGCUGGCAUGGAAAUGAACUACAUUUUCAUAGUAUGAGAAUAUGUUCAUCUGCCUAUGCAAAUAACUGGUGGGAUAAUAGCAAGGAUUUUAAACAUGCCUUACUUAUUAUAAUGGCAAGAGCACAAUGGCCUCUUAUAUUAAUUGUUGGAAAUGUUAUGGAAUUAUCAUUACAAAAUUUCGUUCUAAUUCUACGUACGUCGUAUUCUAUUUUUACCGUUUUAAGAACUUCUACAGCUACCUAAAUCUAUUAAUGAUUAUAAAAACUUACAAUAGAAAAAUAUUUAAAAUGUUUAUUCAGACAUUAGUAAAC